AUGGCGCUUGAAGACACUGUUUCGAAGCUGGACAUAUUGGUCAUCGGAAUACUCGGUGGACCAGGCUCUGGGAAAGGCACACAAUGCGCCCGCCUUGAGCAGAAGUAUCUUUUAAAACAUAUCAGCAUUGGUGAUGUAAUGAGGGCCGAGAUGGAGAGGGAGGACAGCCCAUACGCCAGCAUUAUCAAGGACAACAUGUUGGCUGGUCGUGUGGGACCCAAAGAACUCACAGUGGGGAUAGUCAAGCAACAUAUUGAGGAAGCGAUUCGAAAAGGAGUCUGCACAUUUGUUCUCGAUGGCUUUCCUAGGUCUUUAGACCAGUGUGAAUAUUUCGAGAAUCAGAUCGCCCCUGUUCGUCAGAUCAUAGUCCUAGAUUGUCCGGAAGAGGUACUUGCACAACGGCUAGGAAGCCGUGGACGUUUCGAUGAUACCACUGCAGACAAUGUUUCCAAACGUAUGAAGACGUUUCAAAAGGCGACUGGGAAGGUGGUUGAACUUUUUGCAUCCAAGCAGAAGCUCGCAACUAUCAAUGCCGACCAGGACAUGGACGCAGUCAGCGUCCUCCUUGAGGGGACACUUCCAGAUUCCCUGAAGGCAAGGGAGCAUGUGUAG